UAUACUAUUUAUUUAUUUAUUUAUUUAUUUAUUACGCCCAAUAAAAUAAUAAUAAUAAAAAUAAAUAAAUAGAACCUAAAACCCAUCACUCUCUCUCACUUCGUUUUUUCCGCUUCCAUCUCUAACCAACGCAACCACCACCGUCUUCUCCUCUGGCAACAAUGGCAUCCAUCUCAGCUGUGAAUAUUUCCCCACUAUGCAUGUUUCAACCCGCAAACCGCAUUCAAUCAACCAGUGCUACCUUAGUGAAGUGCCCUUCCGCUUUUGGCUCUAUGAGAAGUGUUUCCAGAUCUUUUGGCUUGAAGUCAUCCUCUUCAUAUAGAACAACUGCCAUGGCUGCUUACAAGAUUAAGCUAAUUGGACCAGAUGGAAAAGAGGACGAGUUUGAAGCCGCUGAUGAUGUCUACAUCUUAGAUGCAGCAGAGAAUGCCGGAGUCGAACUCCCUUACUCGUGCCGUGCUGGAGCGUGCUCUACUUGUGCUGGAAAGGUUGUUUCUGGCUCAGUGGAUCAAUCUGAUGGCUCAUUCUUGGAUGAUACUCAACUUAAGGAAGGCUUUGUGCUUACCUGUGUUUCCUAUCCCACAGCAGACUGUGUUAUCCAAACUCAUAAGGAAGGUGAACUCUACUGAGAAAUUGUGGCUUGAAAGUUAAAACCAUUGCUCGAGGAAACUGAGAAUUUAAGGUAGAUUUUAUGGCGGAUUUUGCUUUAGAAUCUAUCUUUCUUUUAGCAUUAUUAAUAGUGAUAUGGGUUUUAGAAGAUGGUAAGUUUGACAUUUAAAUGUGAUCAAGGGUGUUAUUUUAGUUAUGAAGAACAUGAUGAAGUAUUUGGAGGAAGAAACAACCUUUCAUAAUUGGUAGAGAAAUUUCACUUUCUUUUUAAAAUAAACAAAAUCUAUCUUGUUA